GCCUAAGGGGCCCUUACGCCGUCAGGCACGCCAUCUGGAAGCUUGUUGCUCUCCGAUGAGGCACCGGAGCUAAGGAAAACCGUACAUCUCGCUCUUAUCAGACGCCCGAAUCGUACAAAGAUCGCUCCCUGACACGUCGUCAAUAGCAAACUGGUUUGCUGUAUACAUAACUGUCUCGACGAAGCAUCAUUCUCCAGGCUCAUCACAACUCAGCGACAUCUUUCUGCAUUCUGCCACAUAUUUGCAAUUCAACCGCAGCCGGGCUGCAGUGCCACCAAGUCAAGACCUGGGUUCCACAACAUCGUAUUGAGGAAAAAAUUCCGUCCACAAAGUCUCGCACCAGACAUGUCACAACCACAAGAGAAAGAUCCCAAUGCCACGAGGCUAGAUGACGACAGUCAGACCUCAACCAAUUCCACUCUGCGACAUAUCGAUGAUGAAGAGAAAGCAUCACCUACUGACCAGACCUCUUCGCCCGCCGAGCCGGUACAAAUCCCACCAAAUAAAGUCCCAUACAACCCUUGGGCCGAUCCCUCUUCCUUCCCUGAUGGAGGUCUUCGAGCUUGGAUGACCGUUGCUGGCUGUGCCGCUUGUUUCUUCGUUUCUUGGGGAUGGAUUAAUUGCAUUGGCCUCUUCCAAGACUAUUAUCACCGCGAGCAGCUGUCCCAAUACUCGGAAAGUACCAUUGCCUGGAUCCCAUCUCUGGAGACCUUCUUCAUGCUUUUCUGCGGUCCCAUUGCAGGCAAGAUCUUUGACGACCACGGCCCCACCAACCUUCUCAUUUUCGGCACCUUCAUGCACGUCUUUGGCCUGAUGAUGGCCUCCAUCUCGAAGGAAUACUAUCAGUUCCUCCUGAGCCAGGGUGUCUGUUCAGCCAUUGGGGCGUCCUGCGUCUUCACCGCUGCCGUUAGUUCUCUGCCGUCGUGGUUCUUCAAAAAGCGAGGAAUGGCGAUUGGCAUCGCGGCAGCGGGUUCAUCAUUAGGCGGUGUUAUUUUCCCUGUCAUUGUUAGUCGCAUGCUUCGCCAGACGACUUUCGGCUGGACCAUGCGCACCUGCGCCUUCCUUAUUCUGGCUCUCUGCCUCUUCGGUAUCGCCACCGUCAGAGUCCGCAUCGCACCAGUCAAACGACCGUUCGAGUUCAUGGCCUUUGUGCGUCCGCUCACCGAAGUUCCCAUGAUGCUGCUCACCAUUGCUGUCUUCUUCUUCUAUUUUGGAAUGUUCCCCAUCUUCUCCUUUGUCACCGUCGUCGCCAACGGACGUGGCAUGUCUCUGGAACUGUCCCAAUACCUCGUCUCCAUUCUCAACGCCGGUUCCGUUUUUGGACGAACAUUGCCCGGCAUCCUCGGAGACAAGAUCGGUCGCUUCAACGUCAUGAACAUUUUCUGUUAUCUAACCGUCAUCUUCGUCCUGGGGUUGUACAUUCCCGCAGACACCAAUGCAGGACAGCUGGUAUUUGCCCCUUUGUUUGGCUUCUCAUCCGGUGCUGCCAUUGGCCUCACCCCUGCAUUGAUUGCUCAAAUCUCUCCGCUCCGUGAGAUCGGCAUCAGGACCGGCACCAUCUUUGCCAUUGGUUCUGUCGGGGCUUUGACCGGAGCCCCCAUCGGUGGGGCCCUCAUCGCCAGGGACAAUGGUGGCUUCCUGUACCUGCAGCUUUUUGCGGGCCUAACCUGUCUGGUCGGCUGCAUUAUCCUUUCUGCUACCAGAAUUAACGUUGGAGGGUGGAGUAUUAAGAAGAAGGUGUAAUUGAGACGAGGCACCAUGGACCAAGUACCGACAUCUUGAGAUUCAACCUAAUGAGCGUUGAUUAGGUCGUGGGAUCGUGAGUCUCACCUCUGUACCAAUAGAAAGACGACACGGGGCCAAGUCCUCGGUGUUUGUUCGAUAGUUUACGAAUCAUCACUUCGGAGCCUUGAGAUAGACUCUGCGAUAUGGGAAUGUAGAGUGCCGUCGAGCCCUCAUAUCCCGUUCGCACAAUAGUACCUCUUUCAUAGUCCACGCUGCCAAUCA